AUGAUCUGGAAAUCGGUAUCGAAGAAGGAAAGGGUGACUGCCAGUGCUAUCUUUCUCUCCAAUAGCGGUGGAAAUACAGUUCGCCUAAGCUUUCCUUCAGUCUUUCACGGAUUCCAUUUAGAGAUCGGCUUUACUCUGCCCUCUGCAUUUCCGCAUCCCCGGACACAGGAUGAAUGUUUCGAGGUGAUUCCGAUGCUUUGUCGAGUUAAACGCAUUUCAUCCCGAGAAACAAGGUCAGAGACGUCGGCUCCACCAGUACCUCAACGACCAUUGAGAGGAAGCCGAGUUUCACUGGCCUCAUCAUCCUCUGCUCCACCUCAUGGACCAAUAAAACCCCGAGUUGCACCUGUUGUAAGUUUUACUCUAAAAUGUGCGGGAAAAAGCUCGUAA